AUGGCAUCUUUCGAGGGCAAAGUCAUUGCCAUCACCGGUGCAGCGUCGGGUAUGGGACUUGCGACCGCGAAGUUGGUCGCAUCUCGUGGCGCAAUCGUGUCCAUGGCAGAUAUCAAUGAGGCCGCACUCCAAACGGCGAUCGGGUCACUACCGGGAAGUGAAAAGCAUAUCUAUACGAUAGUCGAUGUACGCGAUAGCAGUCAGGUAGAUUCCUGGAUUCAAUCGACUGUGGAUAAAUUGGGAAAACUUGAUGGCGCUGUGAAUAUGGCGGGAGUGAUUAGUCCGGCAAAGCCAAUCACAGAGACAACAGACGAGACUUGGAAUUUCAAUUUCGGUGUGAACUCGACUGGGCUGUUUUAUUGCCUUCGGGCACAGUUGAGAGCCAUGACUGCUGGAGGUAGCAUCGUUAAUGCAGCCAGUGCUUUUGGUCAGAUGGGGUCACCUGGAGUUUCCCCGUACUGUGCUAGCAAAGCAGCGGUUAUUGGACUAUCACGAACAGCAGCUAGAGAGAACAAAGAUAUUCGAGUCAACUGUGUUUCCCCAGGCUCCGUUAAUACUCCUAUGUCUCAGGGGGAAGAUCCUGAAGAUGUGAAGAGAGGCCUACAGGCAACAGCACAGAAGCGACGUGCAGAGCCAAUUGAAGUCGCAACCGUUGUGGCAUUCUUAUUGAGCGACGAGGCAUCCUUUGUGACGGGCGCGGUGUACAACGUUGAUGGAGGCUGGCUUUGUUAA